AUCGCAUAUGCAGAAGAGAACAGAUGUGUAUAUAAUAUCUGUGAAAAAGGAAACAAUUUUGUGCAGAUGAAAUGGAGCUGAUUGCUUCUGUAUAGAAGAGCCAAUCCUCCCCCUUUUUGGUCUGGCCUCGGGACAUCAUCGAAACAGUACCCAUCUUGAGAUAGUUCUCCCCGGACUACAUCAUCAGCCUCGGGCUGUAACCAAGUUUCAGUGAUUACACAGAGAUCAAUACUUUCUUCAUAGAUGUGUUGGAGAACAUCAGCAGUUUUUCCCCGCAGAGAUCUGUUGUUCACUAAAGUAAUUCGAGAACCCGAUCUUGUGGUGGCCAUCGACGUGGGUUCUACACAUUCGGGAUAUGCAUGCCAAUGGAGGGAAGAUUUUAUAAAGAAAGGAAACGUUGAAUUCAACACUAAGUGGGGAGAAGGCGCACCACAAAUUCACAAGACCAGCACAUUACUGCUACUAAAAUACGAGAAUGACACUACGAAACUACCAAGCAUUGUUGCUUUCGGACAUACAGCCGAAAGGCAGUAUGCAAACAUCCAAUCUGACGAAGAUUACGAACAGGAAAAACAUUAUUACAAACUGUUUAAAAAAUUUAAAAUGCGUCUUUAUACUUUAAAUAAGGAUAAUUACAGUUCGAGUAUUCAAACGGAAAGCGUUGAUGGAUUCCAAGAAGAUAUUUCGACAGUCAUGUUUUUGUUCAUCAAGGCCCUCAAAGACGACUUCUUGAACAAGAACGCGACUUGUGCCACUGAAAGCGUACUUACUAAAACCCUGUGGGUUGUAACCGUACCUGCAUUGUGGACAGAGAAAACCCGGAUGUUAAUGAGAGCAGCUGCAGAAAUGACAGGCAUCGGGGAACACAAUCUUCUCUUGGCAUCGGAGCCAGAAUGUGCAGCCGUUUAUUACAUCAACCUUCCUCAAAAACUGCAAAUCGCAUUGGGCAAUAUUGGAGAGCCAGGAACCAAGUUCUUAACUGCUGAUAUUGGAGGUGGCACGGGCGAUUUGUCUGCAGUUGAGGUUCAAAGUGACGGUACGUUUAAAGAAUUAUGCAAUGUAUCUGGAGAGCGCGUUGGUGGGGAACAAGUGAAUGAGGCAUUCUAUCUUGAAAUGUACGACAGCUUUAAAGGUGGCAAGGUCCGGCAGCUGUUCAGCGAAGCAGAGUAUUAUGAAAUUAUGAAGUUGGAGGAAGAAUUCGAAAAUUGCAAACUGACAAUCAGACCAGACACGUCAGACGAAAAAAUUAAAAUACCGAUUCCAAACCUUGUGCGUGAAAAGAUCAAAGAGAAGGAAUUAGAAUUAAAAAAUAAUGCACCUAUAACAUACAACAUAAAAACUCAAACCCUUGAAGUUAAACGUCGUUACGUCCGUGAAAAGUUAUUUGAAGUGCCAUGUUCUUUAAUACAUAACACCAUUUCAACAGUAUUAAAAGAGCAUGCCGAAAUCAAGAUCGUUGUAUUAGUCGGCGGUUUUGCGGAAUCUAGCAUAGUUCAAGAAAAUCUGCGAUCUAAGUUGAAAGAAAAAUUCGCGGAAGUCAAAGUUGUUGUUCCAACAUCUCCUUUCCGCGCAGUUUUGACAGGUGCUGUCAUAUUUGGACACAAUCCGUUGAUUUUCACAAGUCGUAUCAGCAGAGCUACGUAUGGAAUCGCCGUGAAUGAAUUAUUCGACGAAACAAAACACAAUCAAUCAAAGAAAUGGUUUGAUGAGGAAGACAAUGUUCAUCGAUGCAAAGACGUGCUGUCCAUACAUGUCAAGAAAGGUGAAGCUGUUGCUCUCAAUGAAGCCCUUAACAAGAAAACGUACCUACCAUGGUCAAAGAGUUCGAAGGUCAUACAUCUCCAGGUAUACGAAACUUCAGAUUCUGGGCCCGUGAAUGGAUCUGUGAUGUAUACUACAGACCAUGGAUGUAAGAAAAUUGCUGAAAUCAGUGUAGAUGUCCCAACAGCCGAGGAAUCGAGCAAAAGGGAUGUGUCCGUCCGAAUGAUAUACGGAGGCACUCAACUCUCUGUCAUUGCUGUGUGUGCACAUACUGGCAAGGAAUGUCGUGCGGUUAUACGCUUUGAUUAAUCCUGUGUAUACAUUUAAAAUGUAAUAAUGCGCGCUUAAUUAUUUUAUUUCUUUUUAUGCCUACGAAUUCUCUUUAACAUUACUGAUGCUCGUUUAAAAUUCCAAUAUUUGGUAAAAUAAACUUUACGAAGGAUACAUUUUACAAUGAUAAUAACGAUCUUGAAGAGAAAUUUCGUGGUGCUAAAAUCACUAUAAUCCUGUUAAAUUUUAAAUCGAAUCAUACUAAAUGUGUGUGUGAUACCAAUACAUACGACACAAACACUUGCAAGUAUCUGCACAAUGUUAAAGGUGUAGAGGAUAACAAACUGUUGUCUGCUGCUUUUAUGUUUAUACAUGCUAUAUUUUGUUCGGAAAAGUGACAUUUGUAUUUUUAGUUAUUACCUAUGUACGCGUUACUAUUGAAUACAGUAAGUCGGACACGUUACGUGAAAGGGCUAUGAGGCACAUCGCUUAGAAAAUAACACAGUUGUGUUCAGUUGCUAAUUUAAUAAAGAUAACGCCUCUCAUCGGCAGAAAUAUGCACUGAAUCUGUCAACUAUGUAUUCGGUCAGGACAGUGAUACAAAUAAUUUAAAUAUAAUGAAAAACAUUCAGAGAAUCUUUUGAUAUGAAUUAACACCUGUUCAAGGUAUACACUAUUAUUAUGUUCAUUUCUUGAAGGCCGGUGGUGCUCCUAGGCCGGUGAAAAUAGUAUUAAUGAUUGAUUGUUCAAACGUAACGUUCGAUGGCUGAACGAUACACAUCUUCAGAAGUGAUGUCAAUUGUUCUGUUGACAAGUUGUUUCAAUUUCUUUAUAUAAUUCGAAUUUCUAAUGCAUUUGUUUCGGAAAUCACAUUGCAUUAUGGACUGUUAUAGUCCAUCCGUUCUUUUGGGUUCAGUUGGUAUCACCAACCGCUAUAGCACAAAAUGGGUCUCCGGUGUGUUGUUUUCCUUAUCGGACACGUACUUGUACAAGAAUUUUGACUUUGGGUUUUUGAGCAAAGCGAAUAAGACGAAAAUUGAUUUCCCUAUGAAAUCCAUUGUCAUUGUAGAUCCGAUAGGUAGUUGUGUAAGUAAUCGUUCCUUGUUCACGAGUAUAGCUUAAUAGGCAUUCAGCGUUGUGAUGUACUGAGAGAUGCACACGUUAAUUUCAACUCAUUUACAGGAACUGAUUGGCAUUGAAAGGGAACGGAUGCAAGAAUAAUUGUAACUGAAUAACACAUGUGUAGCUGUUGAAUUAUGCCUCAUAUGAAAGAUGUUGCAUGUUUGAAUAUGACGAUUAGUAAUAUACUGUUUGAUAUCUA